AUGGCCGCCAUACGAAUUCUGUUGAUAACCCAAUUCCUCGCCUGCCUGCUGGUAUUGGUUUCGGCCUGCCUACCACCACCAGUUUCUGUUAAAAGCUGCGUUCCCUUUCUGGGUAUAAGCAAAUGUGUCAAUCCGCAUAUUGUGGAGCCGAAACUGCCGCCCAGAGAUAACGCUUGCUGUGGACCCCACUGCAGCUAUAAGGCACUGGAGCCACCGGGAUGCUGCAGUAACGACGUAACUGGAAGAUGUCUCCUGGACACCCACUGCGGCGGCAACGUGGCCUUCUAUUAUACGAAGAUCUCAGGCUGCAAGCUGCGCAGCAUGAAUGCAAACAGGCUAGCGAAGGGUCUUGCACGUUUGAUAUCAUUCGACAUGAACCAAAAAACUUGCGAGGCUCAGAAUUUAAAGUGUGGUGUUAAUUGCUGCUGCCGCGAGACCUGUCCCAAAAAUUUCUGUAAAAUUCAAACUGUAACUAAACCAUUGUAA